GAAUGUUGAAAAAGAAGAAAAUUAAAGGUGUUCAUUCUCCAUCCCCUCUGCUAUUCCAAAAAAUCAAACAAAACCAUAACAAGGUGCCCCCUGCUACGCCACAAGAACAAGAAGGCACCCAUUCACUAUAUCAAGAAUACAAUCAAAUGGCAGUGGCAAUUAAUCAAGAAACACACAGUUUGCCAAGUCGUAGUAAGAUCUGCAGGCAUUAGAGGCAAAAUAGCACCAGGACAAAAAAUGAGUAGGUCAAGAACAGAAACUCAUCACCAUACAUAGCCAGCUGCUUCUACUGAAUUGGGGAUCAUCAUCAUCAUCAUCGUCAUCCCCAACAAACUCUUCCAUCAUUUGCUCUCCUUUCAGUAUUCCCUCCCACCACCAUCUCUGUCUCUCUCUCUCUCUCUCUCUCUCUCUCUCAAACCUCAUUUUCUCUAAUGGAUUGGAUUUGCUGAAUUCUAAUCCAAAUCUACUGGGUCAAUAAAAUUAGUUAGUGAUAUUGAAUUGCAUUUUUGUCUUGCUAACUUCCACAUCUUGCAUCCCUUGAAUUUCAAACCUUUGAAGAGGAGUGGUUAUGAAGGCAGCGAGUUCACUCUCCCCAGAAAUUAAAAAGGAUUAAAAAAAAUGGCGUCUCCAAGGCAACCCGUCUCAUCAAGCAGCGUUUACGUUGGAAAAGGAGUCGGAGCAGCUCAUGAUGCUGCCGCCGUGAUAUUUGACGCUUCAUUCGUCAAACGUGCUCUCACCGUCGCGAGGGCUUCCGCCUCCGCCUCCUACUCUCGUUUCUGUUGCCGUCCGCACUGUCGCCGCAGGCUUACUUUUGGGAUCGGGAUGACUUUUCAGAAUCUCAAGACCACCACAUGUCACUUUAGGCAUGUCGAGUCAAUGUCUACUCUGCGGUCCCUUGCCGGGAAAGUUACUGGUCUUAAUGCUGUUGUUUUAGGCGAAGCUUUGGCUUCUGAAGAUGAUGAGCUUGUCUUCCCCAACGAUGACUUCUCUCGUCAGGCUCUCGUUCCCUCUCCCAAGAAGUACUUGGAGAUGUAUAAAAGGUCCGUUGAAGAUCCUGCCGGAUUUUGGUCCGAUAUUGCUUCACAGUUCUGCUGGAAACAGAAAUGGGGCCAAUCUGUUUUCUCGGAGAAUUUCGAUGUCCGCGUGGGAAACAUUAAGAUUGAGUGGUUCAAGGGCGGUAUCACCAACAUUUGUUACAAUUGUUUGGAUAGAAAUGUUGAAUCCGGAAAUGCUGAUAAGAUUGCCAUUUACUGGGAACCCAAUGAGCCUGGUUCCCAAGACUCUUUAACUUACUCUCAGCUUCUUCAAAGAGUUUGCCAGCUAGCCAAUUAUUUGAAAGAUAAAGGUGUUAAGAAGGGUGAUGCCGUUGUGAUUUAUUUACCCAUGAUCAUGGAACUCCCUAUUGCAAUGCUUGCUUGUGCCCGCAUUGGUGCUGUGCACUCGGUUGUGUUUGCAGGAUUUUCUGCUGAAUCUCUUGCUCAAAGAAUUGUGGACUGUAAACCAAAAGUUGUUAUUACUUGUAAUGCUGUCAAAAGAGGUUCUAAAGUUAUUCCCCUCAAAGACAUAGUUGAUGUUGCUUUUGUUGAGUCUACUAAAAAUGGCAUCUCAAUUGAUAUAUGUUUAACUUAUGAAAACGAAUCUGCUAUGAAGAGGGAAAGCACUAAAUGGCAGGAGGGAAGAGAUGUAUGGUGGCAGGAUGUUGUCCCUAAGUAUCCAACUACUUGUGCAGUAGAGUGGGUGGAUGCUGAAGAUCCACUUUUUCUGCUGUAUACAAGUGGGAGCACAGGGAAGCCAAAGGGUGUUCUCCAUACAACCGGAGGAUAUAUGGUUUACACUGCCACAACAUUCAAGUAUGCAUUUGAUUACAAGCCAUCUGAUAUCUACUGGUGCACAGCUGACUGUGGUUGGAUCACUGGGCAUAGCUAUGUGACUUAUGGACCCAUGCUCAAUGGAGCAACUGUUGUGAUUUUUGAAGGGGCUCCCAAUUAUCCUGAUUCUGGACGCUGUUGGGAUAUUGUUGACAAAUUUAAAGUGACAAUAUUUUAUACUGCCCCCACAUUGGUGCGGUCUCUCAUGCGUGCUGGUGAUGAGUAUGUUAUUCGCUAUUCACGUAAAUCCUUGCGAGUCCUUGGAAGUGUAGGCGAGCCCAUUAAUCCAAGCGCUUGGAGGUGGUUUUUCAAUGUAGUUGGAGAUUCAAGGUGCCCUAUAUCUGACACUUGGUGGCAAACUGAAACUGGUGGCUUUAUGAUUACUCCGCUGCCGGGUGCCUGGCCACAGAAGCCUGGUUCUGCAACUUUCCCUUUCUUUGGUGUUCAGCCUGUCAUAGUGGAUGAAAAGGGUGCUGAGAUUGAAGGAGAAUGCAGUGGAUAUCUGUGUGUGAAAAGCUCAUGGCCUGGGGCAUUCCGAACUCUUUAUGGUGAUCAUGAAAGAUAUGAAACCACAUACUUCAAGCCAUUUCCUGGUUAUUAUUUUAGCGGUGAUGGCUGUAGAAGGGACAAAGAUGGAUAUUACUGGCUUACUGGAAGAGUUGAUGAUGUCAUCAACGUUAGUGGUCAUCGUAUUGGCACAGCAGAAGUGGAAUCUGCUCUUGUUUCUCAUCCUCAGUGUGCAGAAGCUGCAGUAGUUGGCAUUGAGCAUGAGGUUAAAGGACAGGGCAUUUAUGCGUUUGUCACUCUUGUGGAGGGUGUUCCUUACAGUGAAGAAGUCAGGAAAAGUCUCAUUCUUACAGUGCGAAAUCAGAUAGGAGCAUUUGCAGCACCAGACAAAAUCCACUGGGCUCCUGGUCUUCCAAAGACAAGGAGUGGAAAGAUAAUGAGAAGGAUUCUGAGAAAGAUUGCUUCCAGGCAACUAGAUGAGCUUGGGGACACGAGCACCCUAGCAGAUCCAAGUGUGGUUGAGCAGCUUAUAGCCCUUGCUGACCGCUGAGGGGUGAGAAAAAUCAGUUAUAACUGAAAAAUCGAAUCAAAUCAUUUUAAUUCAGGUUUUUCAUUAGUUUGAUUAGAUUUUUUUUAAAAAGUUUCAUUUUCAAUUUGAUUCCGUUAUUUGUAUUAAAAAACAAAAACUGAACCAAUUUAUUUGUCUAAUUUUGACUUUUUUUGGAAUAAUCUAUGAGCUUUUAAGUAAUAUAAUGUGUAAUUUGUGGAA